GGAGGACCUUCAACUUGUUAUGGCUUAUUGGAAGGAUUGGGAAGGAUUGGUGCUAAUGUUUUGAUCUAUUCUAUAAAUUAAAACCCGGGGAAUUCGUAGUUCCUUGUAGAAAUGACUGUCUGGAAAGCACUCGAGACUCCACAACUCGGAGUAGCUAUUUACAAUUUCCAUGGAAAAGGAUUAUAUCAGCUCAAGCUUCAGCUUGGUGAGACUGUUCAGAUCCUAGAGGAAAGUCCAGGAUGGUACAGAGGAUUUUCAUUAAGGAACAAAGCUGCUAAGGGAAUCUUCCCAAUCUCCUAUAUUUAUAUCAAGGAUGCUAAAGAUGAAUCCUCAAGUGGCACAGAAAGUGUUUUUAAGGAAGAGGCUCUGGUUGAAGAAUUGACUUCAGUUCUGCGAGAAUGGGGAGCCAUGUGGAAACAAGUCUAUUUGAGAAAGGAAGACAGGCUUUUUCAUGAAGUGAGAAACCUGAUGUUGGAAUUAAUGGACUGGAGAAAACAAAUCUUAGCUAAGGCACUUCCAAAGGAUCAGUUGAGACAAUUAAAGCAAAGAGUUACUCAAACAAUAGAUUAUGGAAACAGGACAUUAGGCUUGGAUCUUGUGGUACGUGAUCCUGAGGGCAAUAUAAUUGAUCCUGAUUCAACAGGAGCCAUUCAACUUUAUAGACGGCAUAUCAGCACCUCAAACAGAAUAAAGUCUUCGUCAAUAGCUGAAUCACCAAAGAAAGAAGUUGCAUUUUACACAACAUAUAGUGUUUUUGCCAACGUUAAGGCUGUGGUGUGCAACAUCACUGAUGAUUCACAGCUGUUUCUCUCACUCUACGAUGCAAAAGAAGAACGCUUCAUAAGUGAGCAGUACUUGGUGUCUUUGGAUAAAGCAGGAGUACCAAAAGAUCUUGAAAGAUUCCACAACCUCACUGUACUGUUCACAGAUUUAGGAGCAAAGGACUUAAAACGUGAACCAGUUUAUAUUGUUUGCCAGAUUGUCAGAGUUGGACGUAUGGAUAUCAAAGAAACUGACAGCAAGAGGCUCACACACAAUCUGAGAAGACCAUUUGGCAUAGGGUUAUUGAACAUUGAGGACUUGUUUAAAGGCACUGCCCAAUAUGACGAAGAAAAAGAACAUUUCCUUCAACUACUUCUCCUUCCAGAUAAUCAAUCAUUUUCAUUUAAUUCUUGGAUAAAGCGCAUGACUUCUCAGCCACAAGAAGGCCUAAAAGGACAAGGAAUUUGCAUCUCUUUAAAACUUAUGGCAGGAGAUAUUGAACAGAUAAGGGAAGAAUAUCCACUUCUUGUAAACAAACAAACAGCUGUUGCUCGAAAACAUGGUUUUCCUGAGGUUAUCAUGCCAGGUGACCUUCGAAAUGACUUAUAUCUUACCCUUCACUCUGGAGAAUUUGAGAAAGGUAAAAAGACAGCAUAUAAGAACAUCGAGGUCACAAUGCAUGUUCUGUCAGAUGAUGGCACAACUCUUGAGAAUGUGAUCUGCAUUGGUGCUGGAGAGAAUCCUGUCAGUGAAUAUCGUUCAGUUAUAUUUUACCAUGUUGGGAAACCAGAAUGGGUGGAGACUAUUAAGUUGGUCAUUCCGAUCGAACAGUUCCAAAAUUCACACGUCAGGAUUAUGUUUAAACACAGGUCUGCCAACGAAGAGAGAGACAGAACUCAAAAGUGCUUUGCCUUUUCACAUACACGGCUCAUGUAUAAUGACGGGACUACUCUUCAGGAUGGUACACACGAGCUUUUGGUCUACAAGAAUGAUCAUGGAAAGGUACCUCAUCCUAAGCAGUAUCUCCAUCUACCUUCCAAGAGAGAUGAUGUUCUUCCUGUGAAAACCAGUAAUAUGCCAUUCACAGCGACAAAUGACAAACUGAAAAUUGAAACUCUUCUUUGUUCAACCAAAUUGACCCAAAACGUUGAUCUUCUUGGACUGCUUAAGUGGAAUUCCAUGGUUGGAAAAUUAAAAGAUAUUCUGAUUACUGUGAUGAAAGUCAGUGGUGAAGAAAUCGUUAAGUUCUUGACAGAUACGUUUGAUGCACUCUUUGCAAUUCUUAUGGAACAUGCGCACAAGUAUGACAGGCUUGUGUUUGACGCCUUGGUCUUUACUAUCAGUUUGCUGGCAGACAAAAAGUAUCACCAUUUUAGACCCGUGUUAGAUGCCUACAUAGAAGAGUUGUUUGGAGCCACGAAAGCAGAUCACAUUCUCAUCUCGGUAUUUUUGGAGUACAUAAAUUAUGCAGUAACAGCAGCAGAACCGGAUAAAAUACGUAUGGAUCUUCUUCUCAAGGCUAUGAAGGCCAUGGAGUACAUUUUCAAAUUCAUUGUUCAGUCAAGAAUUUUGUUCUUAAGAGCGGUUGGUGACAAGGGCCAGUCCGAAUUUGAAGAGAAGUUGAGAAACCUGUUUCAAGCUCUGGUACAAUUCAUGGCAGAUGUCAAGAAAGACACCCUCCUCACACAAGGAGCUGCUUUGAAAUACUUCCCAGCAACGUUUGUAGACUUGAUGCUUGUGUUUGAUAGCAAAGAACUUAGUCACUAUGCAAGGGAAUUCAUCGAGAAAAUUCCAGAGAAGCGUUUGACUUCUCAGAAAAUGGACUGCAUCCAUAACAUGGUGAAAUCGAAGCUCUUUGAAGACCAAGAAUCACGCUAUGUUCUCCUCCCCAUGAUUGUUGAACAACUCAAACACGAGAUAAAUAAAAGUGAGGAAAUGAAGAGCUGUAUCGACAUCAUGAACGAUAUUUUGAUCAUUUUGACAAGAAAUGAUGUGGGCUCCACCCACGACGAUGUUCUUUUGUUGGCAACGUCAUUAUUGCGUGAUGUGGUGAAAGCUGUGAUCAUGAUGGAUCGGUCGCUGGCUGUUGUGGGUAACUACGUGGCGUGUUUGAUAGCCAUGCUACAGCAGAUGGACGAGAAACACUACCAGCUGUACGUACAACACUUUCCAACUGACCAGGAUCUGCUGGAUUUUCUUAUGGAACUUUUCAUGCUGUUUCGCGAGUUUGUGAGCAACAACAUCUUUCCUAAAGACUGGAUGGUAAUGACCAUGGUUCAGAACAGCGUGAUCUUGAAUGCCAUUCAGUAUUUUUCUGAAGCGAUGCAGGAGCACUUUGGAGCUGGAGCAUUUGAGGAUCAGUUGUGGAAUAAUUUUUUUCAUCUGGCCGUGGCGUUCGUAACUCAGGAAUCCCUGCAGUUGGAAUCGUUCAGCACCACAAAACAAGACAAAAUUUUGGAAAAAUAUGCAGACAUGCGUAUGAUUAUUGGAAUGAAAAUCAGUGAGAUGUGGCACCUUUUAGGUGAUCACAAAACGUUCUUCAUUCCUGGAUUAGUGGGACCGUUUCUGGAGAUGACACUAAUUCCACACACCGAGCUGCGACGAGCCACAAUUCCCAUCUUUUUUGACAUGAUCCAGUGCGAGUACGCUGCGAAAGGAAACUUCAUGUCAGUUGAAAGUGAAAUGAUCGGCAAGUUGGACGUGCUCGUUGAAGGUGGAAAAGGGGACACACAGUACAAGGAACUGUUUUAUGAGAUCUUGUCCAACCUCUUCAGCGAACUUCCGUCACAGCGAAAAGAAGAUGGGAUUAGGUUUGUCGGCUUGGUUACCAAACUUAUGGAGAGGCUGCUGGACUACAGGACUGUCGUACUCGGGGAUGACAAUAUUGAUAACCGGAUGAGUUGCACUGUUAAUGUACUGAACUUCUAUAAAGAGAUUAAGAAGGAAGAAAUGUACGAUCGGUAUGUGUACAAACUGUGUGAACUUCACCUCAGUAUUGAGAAUUACACUGAAGCUGCCUUCACGCUUCUUAGAAGAGCCGAUGACUUGAAGUUCACUGACGAGCCAGUUUUUACGAGCCAAGGAAAAUACCGAGCCACUACUCAGCUGCAACUAAAGGAAAUGCUGUACAGGGAUAUCAUUGAUUACUUUGACAAAGGAAAGUGCUGGGAGUAUGCCAUUAAACUGUGCAAAGAAAUUGCUAUCCUGUACGAGGAGCAGACGUUUGAUUUCAUUCAACUCAGCCAGAUCUUGAUUAAACAAGCCAAGUUUUACGAUAACAUCAUCAAGGUCGUCCGUGGGGAUCCAGAAUACUUCAAGGUUGCCUUUUAUGGUCUUGGUUUCCCGACAUUCCUAAGGAACAAAGUGUUCGUGUAUCGUGGCAAGGAGUACGAGAAAAUCGGCGAGUUUGUCGUUCGAAUUCAGAGUCAGUACCCCAGUGCUCAGAUUCUCAAAAUGAAGGAUGUCAUUACCAAUGAAAUUAAGCAUUCCAGCCAACAGUAUCUCCAAAUCAACAAAGUAGACCCAGUACCAGUGGAGAAGCGGAAAUUUCGGAGAAAGAACAUUUUGGAGCAGAUAACUAAAUUCUACGAGGUGAACAAUGUGAACCAUUUUCAGUUCUCCAGAGGAGUACAUAAGGGACAGGUUAACAAGGACAACGAAUUCUCGACGCUGUGGCUGGAGAGAACGACCAUUUAUACCAAGUUCACGUUUCCUGGUAUAUUGUGUUGGUUCGAGGCAACUUCUAUUGAGACGGAGGAACUGAGUCCUGUUCAGAAUGCUCUGGAGACAAUGGAAUCUGCUAACAAGCAGCUUCGAGCUCUAAUUGGUCGUCACAACGUGGACCCAAAUCUGAACAUCAAUCCCUUGAGUAUGAAACUUGGAGGAAUUAUUGAUGCAGCUGUUAUGGGAGGAGUCAGUAAUUAUGAAAAGGCAUUUCUUACUCCUGAAUAUAUCAAACAGAACCCUGAUUACGCACCGUACGUUGAGAAACUUAAAGAAUUGAUAGUUGAUCAGGUGGAAAUUUUGGAGGAAGGAAUGGUACUACACGGAAGUCGUGUUUCAGCUGAUCUAAAACCUUUCCAUGAAAACCUCGAGAAACGUUUUAAGGAAAUGAAGGUUAAGACAGCGCCCUUUAAAAAGGCUCGCGCAAGCAUCUCCAGUAACCCAAAGACACCAGACGCCUCUCCCUUUGGAGACCGAUCGAUGACAGUUGUUCGAAAGUCACGAGAGGGCAAGCCUAUUAUAUCUGGCCGAGACAGCCUGGAUCAGAUGCACCAGUCGUAUAGCGGAUGGACAGACUCUAUCGUUUCUACGGGCGGAGGAAGCAGUGCAAACAAUCCUCCUCCACUUCCGGUGAAGUCGUUGACUAUGUCCAGUCCGGCGGGCCGUCCACAGAGGAGAAAAACAGUGGAAGUCUUUUCGCACACUGAAGAUGGGUUUAAGAACACAGCAAGUCCUUUGUCAGAAAUCGCUCCACCCAAACCCCCUCGACCAUCUCCACAGGCACACCAACCGGCUCCGGAACUGCCACAGAAAACUAUUAUGCGGAAGAAGUCUGCUGACGUGCAUCAGCGCUCCAGCACUGAAUCCAGUGGAUCUGAUGGUACUGAGCAGGCAGAGCAGUCUCCAGCCCUUCCGCCGCGCACGUCCACGAUUUUAAAGGUAAAAGGGUCGCCACCAGUUCCCCCGAAGGUUCAGAAGAAUCGAUGAGCACAUAAGCUUAUGUGACGACCAGUCAACGGACCGAUAUGGUGAAAAAUCCCUUUGUGGAAAGCUGAAUUUUGAAGUCUAUACUUUUCUGUUAUUGAUCCUCAUGAAAUGUCUGCUACGCCUUAUGGCUAUUUUUCUAACCAUCAAGUUUUUUAUGAAGUCAUAAAAAUGUUUUGUUAUUUGUGAAAUAUUUCGUAGAAGUUGAUGAAAUUCUUGUACUCUGUAAAAACAUACAUUGCUGUAUUCCGAUUAGUAUUUUUUUACCAGUAUAACAUUUCAGAGAUGUUCUAACGUACAUAACUUUUGUUGAGUUUGUGACAUUCUGCUUUGUGUCAGUGUGUCGCGAAAAAAUACAAAUAUUUUUUACGAAAUGAAAAUAUGGCACCUAGGCCGGUAGAGAGCCAGUCAACAAUCAUCUCUGACAUUUGUCUAAAUAACGUCUAAGCGCUUUGUAAGAGUGUUGUUGCUGUUGCCUUGUAAUCUGUUAUUUUUUUAGAAAGAAUAAACCAAAUAUUAUUCCUGUUAAAUUAAGAUUCUUGACCAGCAGUAUUAGUUACUUACAUUUGUCUUAACUCUGAUUGGCUAGAUUCUUAAAUCUUAACUCUCUUUUCGAUAAACGUGAUAGAACUUGCCUCAUCUUCCAAAGCUGAAUGACAAAUAUUAGAUUGCUAAGGUUGUUUUUCAACCAAAAUAUGUAUCUGCAAAGAGAAAGACAAACAAAAAGACGUAUUGAAAUAAUUGUAUUUUUUGUAAACAUGGGGAGCCUUUGAGAUUUCUUGGUGGUAACAUUUGUAUAAAGGAAACAGAAAUUAUGAUUGAAAAAAAGUUUGUAUGUGAUUUUACUUUAAACAGUGAUGCAUGUCACAAAGCGCUUACUUGGUCUUACUCGUGUGACACUUGCAGCUGUUCACAUGAGGGUGACGUAAGUACUAUAUAUAUAAAGUUGCGCCUAGGGCCGCUGAGGUCUCGCGGACUGAUAUUUGUUGUCAAAGCCAGUUCGUCGUCAUAAGUUAUUUAUCAAGCUGGCUGUCAAACUAGAAUAACGACAUAUUACAUAGCCUAUUUUACAUAUAAUUACAGCCGGAAUUAUACGCAGAGAUCGAAAAAGGGUCAUUUAUCUUGUAAGAUCUAGAUUGAACUGCCAUUUCUUUCUAUCGUGACAAUCAGUAAACGAUAUCUUCUCAUUCCUGUUAGCAGUGGUCUAAUGAAAUUAAACUUUUGGAGGCGUUGAA